AUGACAUUGAUUCCUAUUUCACUGAGAAAGGAUUUCAGAAAAGUCUUAGUGAAGCUACACUCUACACCAAAAACAGAAAGCAAUAAGACACUCAUUGUAUCAAUCUAUGUGGAUGAUGUUGUCUACACUGGAGAUGAUGAUGCAAUGAUUGCAGAAUUCAAGGAAGAAAUGAUGGAAAGGUAUGAGAUGACUGACCUAGGCCUUUUGCAUCACUUCCUUGGGAUUGUGGUAAUUCAAGAAGCAAGUAGCAUCUUCAUUCAUCAAAAGAAGUAUGCUGAAACAUUGCUUGAAAAGUUUGGUUUAAAGGGAAGCAAACUAGUCUUUACACCCCUAAUUGCAAAUGAGAAGCUUAAGAAUGAUGAUGGAAGUGAAUAUAUGGAUGCAAUUCUCUACAAGAGCAUUGUUGGCUGUCUAUUGUACCUAACUGCAACAAGGACGAAUCUAAUGUUCUCAGUAAGCCUACUUUCUAGGUUUAUGCAGAAUCCUAGCAAGAUACAUAUGGGGACAGCUAAAAGAGUGCUAAGAUAUGUGUAA